AUGAUUAAGCUCGCCAGGUUAUUAGUCGGGGGUAUUUUAUUGUAUAUUAAAUACGUUUCGGGGAUGAUGUCGAUGGGUGGAAUGGGAAUGGGUGGUAUGGGGUACGGGGGAUCCGGAAUGGGUUACGGUGGAGGUAUGAACCUCUUCGGGGGUAGUGAAUCGAGUGGCGGUUCCUUCGGACAGGGUAAAAAAAUGUUCGACGAUAUUUUUUUCAAAAAAGGUUUCGGUAGCCAAGAGGGAGGUUUCGGAAUGGGUCAAUCCGGAUACGGAAGCGACGACGUUUUAGUGAAAGACGUUAAAGGGGAGAUGGGGUUUCACGGUGGUCACCAUGGGGGGAAAAAUAUAAUGUCAGACGGAAAAGGGUAUUUUGGUACCAAUCAUAUUGGUCAUGAAGGAAAGAACGCGGGAGCUGUAAAUAAGAAAGAAGGUCAUAAAAAAGGUCGUACCGUUAAAGGUUAUCACACGCAACACGAAUCUAACGAAGCCAGUAACACCGAAGAAGUUUACGACGAAGAACAUGACGAAGCUGAUAAAAAAGCACUAAAGAAAGUCGAAGGGGAGUUUGGGGAACAGGGCGUGGACGCUUACAAAGGAGAAGAAGGCGACGCUAAAUUUGCUUCGGGACAAAGUGGAAGUACCGGGAAAUUUGAGAAAGGUGCUAAAGAAGGGAAAGCUAUCGCCGAGGGGGGACAAUUUGGGGGGAAGAAAUACGGGGCUAAUGAUAAUAAUUAUGUUGUUAGUGAAGGAGGUAACGUUAAUGGAAUGGCUGGGCAUCACGGAGCUAAUAACGUGUUCAAAACCUUUAAACCUUAA